CACACUCACCAUCAACCCUCCCCACUCCACUUCCAUCCCUCCGUCACUUCAUUCAUUUCUAAUUCAUUCCCGAUCCUUUUUCUUGUAAAUAUCUGUACUACUGCCGCUGCAUCACUCUCCCCUUACUUCUUCUCCUUCCUCUCCUCCUUUACCUUGCUGGCCACAUCAUGGGAAACUCGUCCUCGACUCCCAGUCAAACCGAAAGCAACAGCAAUAGCACAACACCUUCUGGCAAAACACCCAGCUCCACCUCUGCCAACAAACCAACCCAGGCCUUACUCACCUCCCCAGGUUCAGGCGCCUCGACAGCAGCAGGGGCCACUCCUACUCGAGGCGCACACACCAAUAUUCCCAUCCGCCCUGCCGCUACCCCAGGCAGUGCGGGUUCACGACCAGGUCCCUCGCCAUAUGUGCCUUAUACCCAACACAGACCACCCAUUCCUGCCCCCGCUCAACCUCGCCCUCAGCAACAGCAACAGCAACAGCAACAGCAACAGCAACAGCAACAGCAACAGCAACAGCAACAGCAACAGCAACAGCAACAGCAACAGCAACAGCAACAGCAACAGCAACAGCAACAGCAACAGCAACAGCAACAGCACCAGCAACAGCAACAGCAGCAUCGACCAGUAUCGCAGUACAUCCCGACCUCAGCAUACGUACAGAGUAAUAAUAAUAGUAGUUCAAGACCGCAACAGCCCAAUCCUCUCUCAGGUCCAACUUUCCAGCGAAUGGCGGAUCGUCCUGCACCUUCCUCGUCUCAGUCUACCGCGACAGCGGCAGACGAUGAGAUCCCAACAAUUGUGCUCCAGGAACAGAUGGAUACUAUGUUAAUCGAGAUCGCGACCGCAGAGUCCAGGGUCAUAGAGCUUCGUGAGGAGCUUGACACAUUUGAGAGCCAUCCCAUCUUCCAGGACAUGAUGCUUGUCUGGUUCUGUUCGUUCAGCCCCAGCAACUACUCGAUGCAGCGUCUGGACGACCUGAAGCGGGACGCUCUUGAGGCCUGGAAGCCCGUCCUAUCGAGCUUCAAAUCCGGCCAUUCUGGCGACGGAGCCCAGGACCAGAACCUGACUGAGAUCGAAGGACAGCUUUUCGAGUCGAUUAUCCAGGACGUUAUCUCUCACGCCGACAUGAUUGUUGGAUCCACUUUGUCACCUGAACAGUUGAUUCAAAACCUCAUUCAAGUUGCUCACUUGGAGCUCGGGGAUGCACGCAGGACCCUGGAGCAGAAUCGGAACGCGUUUCAGGAGUGCCAACUGAUGCUGCAGGCUCGAGGAGUCAUCCCGCCAGCUGUUCUUGAGAUGCAGCGCCGAAUUGAAGACGAGCAACGGAGGGAGCUGGAGGCUAGACGAGCAGAGGAGCAUCGGCAAAGGGAAUUGGCCGCGCAGCAGCUACGAGAGGGACAGAAGGCCCGCGAACUCGAGAGACAGAAAGAGCUCGAGAGGCAGAAAGAGCGCGAGAGACAGAAAGAGCUCGAGAGACAGGAAGCUAAGCGCAGAGAGGAAGAGGAACAGCGCAAAAAGAAAGAGCAGUUACGGCAAAAAUUGGUGACAAACCCAGUCCGUCCAGCCAGUGCAGCGACAUCGACAACGGCGACAGCGACAACAGCAACAGCGUUGCACUCGAAGCACCCUGCGAACCCUGUUUCCGGACGCCCCAAAGCAUCAUCAGUUUCCGUGGCAAGUAAUCUUCCUCCAUACAGCUCUCUGAUUGCAAAGAGGGUACACGCGGAGUCCCCGGCAUCGUUUGGUAUCAGUUUUACAGAGGAGGAGACCGUUUUGACGGACCAGGAGCCCGAGAGUGCGCACAUGGCCGUCUCAUCCAACGUCCAAGGUGCAGGCAACCCUAAACGCGAUCAGCAUCACCCAGAUUCAAUGUUGAGUAAAUAUCCUGUCGCGAACACAACUAGCCAUGCAAUACACGACACAGACGCGGAUGAAGGCGAGGCCCCCGCAACGCCACUUUUCAGGCGACGACGGCCCCAGCAUGAACUUCCUGAAGCAAGUGCUGCGAUGAGACCAGUAUCAAUGAUGCCAUCCACUGUGGCAGUCAAUAAUCAAUACGGAGCACAACAUUCAGCGCCCUACCCACUUUCACAAAACGCCAGUGUGUCGCCAAGCGGACCAGAGCCGAUGCACAUGAGUAUGCCCCAGCCUCAUAUCCCCGACUACAACCGCCAGGAUUACGGAAUCAAACAGGGACAUAGCCGAAGCGCCAUAGAGCCCCACGAUCCGGCCCAUACCAUACCUCAGCCGACGCUUUACCCGCCCCAAGUCGUCACUGAGCAAGACCUCCAGGAUCGCUUAGCCGCAGAACGCCUGGAGCAGCUCAAGAGGCAGAACGAGGAAAUGCAGCGUGAGCUCCUUCGAAGUCAAGAGCAGCAGCGCAUGCAUGCGAUGAACAUCCAGAAUCUGGAGAUGCAGAGCCAAGCGGUGUCGCAGGGCUAUCCACCUUUCACUCACACGGAGCCUGUCGGUCUGCCACAUGAUCAUACGCCAGAGGAGUAUCACGACCGCUCUCAGCAGAUGCCGAAUCAGUAUCCGGGCCACUCUCCCUACCCGCCAUACGGACAGUAUCUGCAGCAGCAGCAGCAGCAGUAUGGCUAUCCGAACCAAUUCCCACAACAAACAUACCAGGUGUACAGUGCAGAAUAUACCAACGACGCCAGUCCUUCGUCUUAUAAUGGGCCGAUGAUACAUGGUCAGGAUCAGCAGUUUAAUCAAGAGGCAUAUAGCAGCUAUGCGCAAUAUGGCGUCUAUAGCAAUCAUCUCAGUCCUACGAACAACACCGGUUGGGGCUCUGGACAUCAACAGCAUCCUGGAUACAUGCAACAACAACAACAGCAGCCGCAUCAAUACUCGCAGCCAGUCUCGCCAGCUCAUCAACAACAAUCUUUCACGCAACAGCAGCAUCAGCAUCAGUAUCAGCAUCAACAGCAGGGAUCAAUAGGACAGGAGCAGCAGGAUGCCUAUGUCGAACCUGAACCUCUUAGGCGACAAGGAACAGUGACCUAUUCCGUCUCACCUUACGUGAACGCGUACGGUUUUGAUCCGGCUCCAAUCGACGUUGAGAUCUCCAUAGUGUCACUAGGACCCUCACCGGCUGCUGCGCCCAGUUUGGAAAACCCGAUCGCAGAGAAUAAUGCCACCUCGGCUGGCGUAUUGCCUCAGAUCAGAGCUAAUCCUGCGAAGGCCCCUGUCCGCAGAGCGCCUCAAGCAAUUUUGACAGAGGAACAGCAACAGCAGGCAGCUGCGAAUGUAGAGCAGCCGCCAGAAGACAACAAAUCAGACUAUCCUCAGCCAACUCCUAAUUCGACGGCCUCAGUAGGAUCAGAGGGCUCUUGUCGAGACCAACCAGUGCGUACUGCAAUGGCUAACCAAAGUCAUGAGUCCUCGGUCUGGACUGGGGGUAAAGCGGCAGACCAAGGUGUCGCGACCAAGUACCAUGAUGAGAAGGACAAAAAAAUGGACGAGGACGGAAAGGACCACGCAGCGGAGGAAGUACAGAGGGAAAUAGACAUUGAGUCAAAAAAGGAGGUAGAGGAGAAAGCAGUAAAGGAGGAAGAGAAGCAGGAAGUGGUGGCGGACGAGGGAGACGAGGAGGAAGAGGAGGUUCUUCACCGCUCUGUGCGAAAAAUGCGGAUCGACGUACCAGUUUCGACUCCACCCUCGGCUGCGACGACUGAUCCCAUUCCUAGUCCGCGGCCAGUCUCAGCUCCAACUCCUACUCCAGCACCGAGGCCUUCACCUAGGCCCUUCUCCACUACGACGCUGUCUCCAGCGCUCCAGGCCACUCAUAGAAUGAGCCAGGUUUUUGCUCCGUUUCCUGGUCAGCGACCACCUCUCCGUGCAGUGCCUCGCCCUGCGGCUCGGCCGCUCGUCGGUAGUAUGUCGACGUCCUUGUCAGAGCCAGAAUCUCAGGCACCGCCAGAGAAUAAGGACGCACAGAAUGGUGAUGGACGAAAUAUAGCUUGUGGUACAAAAUCACGCUCAUUUGAGGAUAAGACCGCACCGUCGCCUGAACAGGAGCCGGCAGUAUCCUCCCGGCCGCCCGGCAGACCAGUCAGUUUGCUCUCUGACGAUAAAAGACCUGUAGUCCCCAAGAAGCCUGCUGCCCUCCGUAGCCCUCGGAAACCAAGUUUAGAGCACCAGGAUUUGCACCAACACUCAUUGUAAAAUAAACCGUCAUGCUCAUCACGUGCGUUUA